UUGUGUUAGUAAAUCUAUGUGCCAGGACAUUUGCCUACUUAUUAUUAUUUAUUACGUGUACAAUAUCAUUGAGAAACGGCUGCAAGCCAAUCAACUUAGCUGAAAAUGGACGAGGCAUCAAAGAGGAAAUACCUAAAGAGCAAAUAUAAAGUAAAGAAAUGGGAGAGUGAGUUUAAGCAAUCUAAUGGAACAGUUCCGUCCAAGACUGACAUCAAGAAUGCACCAUCACACAUAAAGGAAGCCUACAAAACCUAUUGGAAACUAAAAACUAUAUCUUUAGAAACAAGUUUAGUUGAUGUGAGUUUUGGAGAUGAAGAUACUAUGGAUGGAUUUUCAUUUUCUUCUAUUAGUUGUUCACAAGGCGGCACAGAUGCGGGAAUAAACAACCUUGAAGAUUCAACUCUAGGGUUCGAUACUUCACUAAAUAACAAAAUCACACCAAGUGAUCAAGCUGAGGAGACAAGAUGUGAAAAUAUUACUACUGCGAUCUCUUCCACAAUACCCGUUAAUGAAACAACAACUAAUUCUGUAAUAAGUAACGAUAAAAUUCAAAGUACAGAAGAAAAUAAAAAUAGUAAAAAUGAAGAUUCAGUUUGGGGUCCACAUUUAAGUAUUGCAAAAAAGGAAGUUGAACCAAAGAAACCUAAAAUUGACAAACCGGCUGUACUUUCUCGUUUUACAGCUAAACUAUUCGCCGGUGCAAAUUUUAAGAUUAGAAACCCCAGAAAGUCCUUUAUACGUAGAGAAAAAUCUACCAGUGAUGUACCAAGUGAUAAUUCUUUGAUAGAUAAUUCAGUAUUAACCGAUGCAAACCAAAGUUUCUCCCAACCUGAGGUAUCACUGAAUAGUGGUGACACAAGUGUUCAAGAGGGGAAAGACACGCCUGCUCCCAUCGAGGACCAAAACUCACAGUUUUUAGAUUCGAAUAAUAGUAAAUUUAAAAUAGUUAAUACUUCAUCAUCCCAAAAGCAGUGCCAACCUGUUAGUAUCCUUCAGAAAACAUUACUAUCCAACAUGUCAAAGCCACUUGCAAAUCGAUCAGUUGAUAAAGGUUGGUUGGAUCGGCUAGAAAAAAUGUCCAGCUCAGAAGUUCCGAACUCUAGUGACUCUGGUAUUGAUCUAGGAGACUCUAGUGUAGUGAGUGGAGAUCCUCGAUCGUCUCCCGCGCCGACUAGUCAAGACAGUGAUGACGAUGUAGUCUGUGAUAGUGAUUCAGAAGAUGACAAGAGUAGAUCAUUUUCCUCUUUUACAAGAUUCUGUAGAACUUCUUCAGUUAGUAGGUUAUCAUUGAACACAUCAAAUAGUGAUCUCAAAAGGACCAGUUCUAGUUUAAGUUAUUUUACUCGUGUCAAUUCUGAUUCUAAAAUAUUACAGUUGGACAAGAGGGAUAUCAAGCAAACCGACGGUGAGAUUGAGGUUAGUGAAUGUAAAAAGCUAAAAAUGGAUUGCUCUGUGGUUGGAGAUACAGUUACGGGUAAGGAUGUAUUUGUAGCGACAGAUAUUCCUGCUAAAGAAAUACUAAGUAAAGAGGAUCGUAUAAUGCAUCGGAUGGCUCAAUUAGUAGAAAUUCAAAAUAAGUUGUCAAAGCCUAAAAAGGAUUCUACCCCCAAAUCUAAAGAAGAGAAGCAAAAGGAAAUUUUUGAAAAGAAAAUCACUUCUGGAAAAGCCAACGAGAACUUUGUCAAGAUAAACAUAAAAAAGAAAACUUAUGUUCGUGGUAAAAAAACCAUGACUUUCCAAAAGUACAAGAAACAAAAGUGGAAGGAUAUGAAAAAAUCCUCAAGUUACGGGGGUGAAGGAAGUAGUGUAUAUAAAUGUUUUAAAUGUGGCGACAUCGGCCACUACGCCAAGAAUUGUAUGAAAGCUUGUGACCAACUUCUUCCUCUAGAAGAUGUAGAAGAACAAGAAGAAAGUCCAUUUCCGACCCUCCAAGAAGCGGAGGAAAUGGCACUUGAGGCUUCCAAAAAGCUUGUGGUCAAACGUUUUGCAAACGAACUACCAGCCAAUAUUGUAAGUGAAAAUGCAGACCUGUGUUUGGCUCCUCCGCAACCAGUGAACUCUGACGACAUAGAGAGACUUCUGACCAAACAGGAGCCGAUAUUCAACCUGAGUGAAGAUGGCUCAGUCAUUGACACUCCACUGGCGGUGCUUGACGCCCUAUUACAGUUUGGCCACCAGACGUGGAGGCCGGGACAAGAGGCCGCUGUGAUGAGAGUAAUGUCCGGCCUCAGUACGCUAGUGACUCUGUCUACAGGAUCUGGCAAGUCACUUUGUUACCAGCUGCCUGCGUUUCUCUACCACAAAAUGCAAGGUAGAAUCACUCUGGUCGUCUCUCCGUUGGUGUCCUUGAUGGAGGAUCAGGUGGUGUGCGGCUCGCCCUGUCUACGAGUGGCGUGUCUCCACACAGCGCAGACACCCGCAGUACGCAACGCUGUUAUGGACCAGUUACGCAGCAACAGCCUGCAUGCCCUGCUGGUGUCCCCGGAGGCGUUGUCGCAGGGAGAUCGCAUCAGUGAGCUGCUACGUUGUAUGCCGCCCGUCGCUUUCGCUUGUAUCGACGAGGCUCACUGCAUCUCACAGUGGAGUCAUAACUUCAGACCGUCGUAUCUCACACUUUGCCAGGUGUUGAGAGAGAAAUUUGGAGUGAAGACGUUCCUUGGACUAACAGCGACGGCGACUCACGCAACCAUCACAAGUGUGUGUGAGGCUCUGGAACUGACUGACAUCACAAACGGUGUUAUACGAGACACUCCUCUGCCGAAUAACCUGCAACUGACUGUGUCACGGGAUAGGCAAAGGGACCAGGCAUUGGUAGCUCUGUUGCAAGGAGAGAGGUUCAGUCAGUGUAGAUCUAUCAUUGUCUACUGCACAAGAAGAGACGAGUGUCAGCGUCUGGCUGCCUACAUCAGGACAAGUUUACAGGAUGUGUCCAAGGAAGACGGGAAGGCGAAGAGAGGAAAGCUGUCUUGGAACGCUGAGGCUUACCACGCCGGGCUGACGGCUGCCAGGAGACGAGCCGUACAGAAGGCGUUCAUGUCAGGUAAAACGCGUAUAGUGGUGGCGACUGUCGCGUUUGGAAUGGGUAUCAACAAGCAGGAUAUCCAGGGUAUCGUCCACUACAACAUGCCGAGCUCGUAUGAGCGAUACGUGCAAGAGGUCGGUCGAGCUGGCCGAGACGGAGAGAUCGCUCAUUGUCACCUCUUCCUAAACACUCAGGGUGGGGACCUGAGCGAGCUGAGACGGUUCAUCUACGCAGACUCUGUAGAGAGACACAACAUCAGACGGCUGCUGCAGAGGGUGUUUGUGCCGUGUGACUGCGGAGAGACUUGUACUGGUCACGAGGUGGCGUUCUCUGUGGUGGAAACUGUGACCGCGCUCGAUCUACCAGAGGAGAACAUUGACACUCUACUCUGCUACCUGGAGCUGUACGCACGCGCUCGAGUGCGAGUGUGCAACCGCGCGUACACUAAGUGCCGCAUCCUGUCGUACAAGGGACCUAAACUGAUCCGACAGGCAGCAAAGGAGUGCCCUCCGUUAGCCGUCGCUGUAGCUAUGGAGGCGCAGAAGGGAGUCAGUAUGGACAAGAUGACCAAGCUGGAAUUCCCAAUUUUCCCUGUUGCGUCCGUCAUCCAAUGGGACAGCGGAGUAGUCAAACAACAGCUCAAGGCUUUGGAAUGGACAAAAGUUGACGGCCAGCCCCGCAAGUCAGGCUUGACAGUGGAGUUGUUCGAUUUGGGUUUCCGUGUUAUCGCGGUGGGUAACCUGACAGGUGAUCAACUGGACGCGACACUAGGUAGUCUUACUGACCGUGUGGACACACAGGAGACUCAAGCUCUACGUCAGCUGCAAGCAACCUUCACCACACUAUCACAGGUAUCUCAUCAAACUGUCGAUGAAUGUAUGGACAAAGUAGGUGACAAACGCUGUGAGGAACUCAAAUCCAAUAUUCGGCAAUAUUUUACAAGUGACUCAUUUUUAGACAACUUUCAGCUUCCAGAGGUGAGUUUAUCCAACGAGGACCAGAUUGUGGCGGACGUGCGUAAUCUCAUCAACAGCUACAUUGACGUAACGUUCACCGGACGCGCGGUGGCACGCAUCUUCCACGGCAUCGCCAGUCCUAACUUCCCUGCUCAGCAAUGGGGUCGGUGCCGAUAUUGGCGUGCUCAUCUACACGAAGACUUUAAACUUAUCGCACGCCUUGCCACACGCGAACUUAUCAAGAUGAGGUAGUGAGAGACCUAGAGCUUUGUGUGAUUUUAGUCUGCUAGGAUGUUAGAAUUUAUUUAUUUUAAUUUAAUGAUUCCAGUACAAGACUUGUAUAUAAGAUUUUAUAUGAUUUUUGACAAUAUACGUUUGAAGACUGAUGUUUUUUAACAAAGUUUUUACGACCCAUUA